AACAUUUAAAUUCCUUCCACCAUCGAAUCAUAAUCUCUCUCUCUCUCUCUGUCUGUUACUCGCUUUUUCUCCAGAACCGGCUUCGAUUUUUCUAGCAGCCGAAAUUUGCGAAUUUCCAGAAUCUUCACUUCCAAAUCUCGAUUUGAAAUCAAUCGUCUUCAUGAGUCGUCUUCUUCGUCCAGUUUGAAUUUUCUCCGCACACGAGAGUUGAAUUUUGAUUUUCGGCUUUUUUUUAUGGUCUCCGGUCCCUUAGGGUUUAUUCUUCUGCAGAUCUCACGAUGAGCGUUGCGAAAUCGCAAGUAUGGCAGCCAUGCAAGAAGAAGAGGUCCUCUUCCUGAUUCAAUAGAGAUCUAUCUAUAUAUAUAUAUAUAUAUAUAUAUCUAUCUAUAAAAGCAAGCGAGAGAGAUGGCUUCUCGAACAACACCACGAUCGACUCCUUCUCGAUCAACGCCUUCUGGUAGUUCUUCUGGUGGUAGGACACGAGUUGGUAAGUAUGAGCUUGGAAGAACUUUGGGUGAAGGAACUUUCGCUAAGGUCAAAUUCGCUAGAAAUGUUGUCAAUGGUGAUAAUGUCGCUAUUAAGGUUAUUGAUAAAGAGAAAGUUCUCAAAAAUAAGAUGAUCGCUCAGAUCAAGCGUGAGAUUUCGACUAUGAAAUUGAUCAAGCACCCAAAUGUGAUUCGUAUGUUUGAGGUGAUGGCUAGCAAAACUAAGAUCUACUUCGUUUUGGAAUUCGUGACUGGUGGGGAGCUUUUCGAUAAAAUUUCAAGCAAUGGGAGAUUGAAGGAAGAUGAGGCGAGGAAGUAUUUCCAACAGCUUAUUAAUGCGGUUGAUUAUUGUCAUAGCAGAGGAGUUUAUCAUAGAGACCUUAAGCCAGAAAAUUUGCUUUUGGAUGCUAAUGGUGCUUUGAAAGUGUCUGACUUUGGAUUGAGCGCUCUACCUCAGCAAGUUCGAGAGGAUGGGCUACUUCACACAACCUGUGGAACACCCAAUUAUGUUGCUCCGGAGGUAAUCAACAACAAAGGUUAUGAUGGAGCGAAGGCUGAUUUGUGGUCUUGUGGAGUAAUUCUCUUUGUCUUAAUGGCUGGUUAUUUACCUUUCGAAGAUUCUAACCUCACGUCAUUAUAUAAAAAGAUAUUCAAAGCAGAAUUUACUUGCCCUCCCUGGUUCUCUGCAAGUGCUAAGAAGUUAAUCAAAAGAAUUUUGGAUCCCAAUCCAGCAACGAGGAUUACAUUUGCUGAGGUCAUUGAAAAUGAGUGGUUUAAUAAAGGGUAUAAAGCACCUAAAUUCGAGAAUGCUGAUGUCAGCCUUGAUGAUGUUGAUGCAAUCUUUGAUGACUCAGGGGAGUCUAAGAAUCUUGUUGUGGAGAGGCGAGAAGAAGGACUCAAAACACCAGUAACUAUGAAUGCUUUUGAGCUCAUCUCGACAUCCCAGGGUCUCAAUCUCGGUUCACUUUUCGAAAAACAAAUGGGGCUUGUGAAACGAAAAACUCGAUUCACUUCCAAAUCUUCAGCUAAUGAGAUAGUCACAAAAAUUGAGGCUGCGGCAGCACCUAUGGGGUUUGAUGUCAAGACAAAUAACUACAAGAUGAAGCUGACAGGAGAGAAAUCAGGCCGCAAGGGUCAGUUGGCAGUUGCCACUGAGGUUUUUCAAGUUGCUCCAUCUCUUUACAUGGUUGAAAUGCGAAAAUCGGGGGGUGACACCUUGGAAUUCCACAAGUUUUACAAGAAUCUUACCACGGGACUUAAGGACAUUGUUUGGAAAACCAUCGACGAAGAGAAAGAGGAAGGAACCGAUGGUGGUGGUACUAAUGGUGCCAUGGCUAACCAGACAAUUGCAAAACAGUCGGCAUAAACUGUUUAUUUUUUUCUAAUAUAGAUUUUGUUCGUUAUAAAUUACAAAGGAAGCGUCAAGAAGUGAAGCAAAGCAAGUUUGAAACUAUGUUGUGGAAUGGGGAUUAUUGAUAUUUUAAUGUUGUUUGCUUCCAUGGAAUGUUUGUUGUGAAUAGCAUAUGCGUGUUGCGAGUAUCUUGGCUUGAAUCGAUUCACCGGAAAGUAAAAGCUUUUCAAAUAUGGUUUUGCCAUUUCUACAUUGUCGGACGGUGAGGUUCGAUAGACAUUUCAGUUCAAAUGUAAUAAAAACAAACAAACACUUUUCUGUGAAA